UCCGCCAGUUUUGUGUUCCAAGAGCGACUCACAUCCUUUGUCUCUGUCGCGCGUACUCGCAUAGUCAUUGAGUGGAAACCUCCUGUCAAGGGAGUUAUCGCUGCGCACUUCAUUAUUUUUGUACAAUCAGAGCCAUUGAGAAUAAACAUGAAGGCUGCAAUGCUUGCCGUCGUUUCGUUCCUGGCUGUCUUCGCCCCGGCUUUGGCCACCCAAUGCUCCGUGGCGCCAGUGAACGUGCCCAAGGAAUGGAUCACCAUACACGGUACUUGCCGAUCGGCCAUGCGUCGCCAGAUCCAAAUGGAAGUUCGCGCUUCAUUGCAAUAUCUUGCCAUGGGAGCCCACUUCUCUAGAGAUGGGGUGAACAGGCCAGGCUUCGCCAAACUGUUCUUCGACGCGGCCUCCGAGGAGCGUGAACACGCGCUCAAACUCAUUGACUACCUGCUCAUGCGAGGAGAGCUCACCCAUGAUGUAUCCUCUCUCAUCAAGAUCAGGCCCCCGGAGAGCAAGACCUGGGAGGCUGGCGUAGACGCCCUGGAACAGGCCCUGAUGAUGGAGAACGAGGUCACCAAGAGCAUCCGCACCGUCAUUUCAGCCUGCGAGGAUGACCCAGAAUUCAACGACUACCACCUGGUCGACUACCUGACCGGCGAGUUCCUGGAGGAGCAAUACAAGGGCCAGCGCGACCUGGCCGGCAAGGCCACCACCCUCAAGAAAAUGAUGGACCGCCACUCUGCCCUCGGCGAAUUCAUGUUCGACAAGAAACUUAUCGGCAUGGACAUCUAAAUCUAAGCCUAAAUAGUGUUACUAUAGAUAAACGUCACAUGGCAGUCGGCCAUUUUGAAUUUUUCGCGGCAUUUUGUGUUUUAAGAAUCAUUGUACAAAUAUUCUCUUGUAAGGGCCACCACGCUCAAUGAUGGACCGUCAUUUGGCCCUCGGCGAGUUCUUGUUCGACAAGAGACUGCUAGGCAUGGAUAUCUAAGCCUUUGCCUUCUAACCAAUCUAUUAAAAAAAUAGUGAUACCAUAGAGAAAUGAUUACUGUCAGUCGGCCAUUUUAAAAUUUUCGCGGCAACGGACAUUCAGCCAUGUUUUUUAUUUAAAAUCAUACAAAUAUUCUGUUUAAUAUAUAGAAUUUUUAAAGAAAUCGCGUUUAACAGUCAAUCGGCUAAAAUUCGGCCAUAUUUUUUAAUUUAGAAUAAUUGUACAAAUAUUCUAUUAAAAUUAGUAAUGCGUACCAUAGAUUCAGAACAACUUGUUCCUGUCAGUCGGCCAUUUUAACCAUUUCGCGCCAACCUCAGAAUAAUAACUGCGCCAACUGACAUUUUAGUCUUUUUUUUUAUAAUUCAUUUAAUUUAAACUUGUGUACAAACAUUGUAGUUGUAAGAAUUAGAAAGUGCUUGGCACAUAAUAUCUAUGCCUUUAACUUAUUAAAAAAGUAUAUCUACCAUAGAUUCAAUACAAGUAUGCAUUCUGUCAAUCGGACAUCUUUACCAAGACUUCUGCCGGUUGACAUUCAGCCAUGUUUUUUUUAUUAAAAAAAUGAUUUAACAUUGUACAAAUGUAGUUGUAAGCAUUUUAUUACUCCACUAUAGUUACGUAUUAAAAAUCAAUUUGAUUAUAGAAUUGAUAAAGUAGAAGAUAUAUAUGUAACACAUUUUGGCGCCAAAUAAGGCCAUAGAGUAUUUGUUUUUUGUUUAGAAUAGACGUUUAAAGCACAGUGCUCAAUGUAUGUGUUACAACUGUUUAUUUUGGUAUAAAUAAAGUUUAGUCAUCAA